AGUAGGAGCAGACGAUUUUUCGACUCACAUGAGUCACAUGUCACAUCGCGUUUCUGUGCCUUGUUUCGUUCAUCCAUAUUCCCAUAUUGCAAAAUUGACUGUCAAUUCAUUGGAUCGAAAUGUCUUCUGUUGUUAUUGAUGAAAUUAGAGUAGCUGACCGAGGAAAGAAGUUGGAGCCUUUGCAAAUUCAGUUCUCACACUGCCAGUCUCCUUUGAAACCUGAGGGUCUUAAGAAUAUAAAAUCAGGGAUUUAUUCAGACAGUGAAUUCAAAAAUGAAUAUGUUGCCAUUUGUCAAGUUGACAAUCAGCGAUACAUGGGUGGCACCAAAGGACAAAACCAGAAAGAAAGUCAAAUGUUGUACAUUGCAUUAAGAAAUAGAGUGACAAGCAAGGUUAAGCUAGUGGAGAUUUCAAAAGUUUCAUUAUCUCCAGUUGUACAAUAUCCCCCCACUACUAACCCUGUUUUGAUUGAUGAUGGGAGUUCCAAUAUGGAAAAACAAUUUGUCCAUAGGUUUGGUAUGCUUAAAGGUCAAAGAAUGUAUGAUCAAGCUGAACGUCUUACAGUGAAAGCUGAAAAUGUGAAAGCAAAUCUAGAAAAUGCUGCUAUUGGUACAGCUAUACAAGAUAGUGAAUUGGUUGUUCCCAAAAGUUCAGAUUCUUAUGAAACAAUGUUACCACCAAGAAAUACAGAUACAAAAUUGCCUAGUCAAGUGUAUCAGAUUGAAAACAUUGUUUCUGAAAAUGACAUGACAGCUUUGGAAGGAAUCACACUAAAGCUGAUGGCUGAUGAGUCUGAUCCUGAUACACAGGAAAAAUUCAAGGAGUUUUCUGUUUAUUUCACUAAAGAGUUCAGCCGCUUAAUGAAGUCAAGUCACCUCAACAAAGAAGAAAAAUUGCGAUGUUUGAAAGCACUUCUAUACACUGAGUGUCUCAUAAAAUGUUCUGCAAUUAAGAAGAAAUCAAUUACCCGUGAUCUUUUAGAUCAAAGUCUACCAACAUCAAUCCCGGACAGUGUGAGAAAAAGUAUUAAGGACAAAUUUGUAGAAGGCUGGACCUUAUCCAAGAUGAGUAGAGAUAAAAUCAUUUGCCAUGCAAUAGCACUCGCGCUUGCUGUAGGUAGUUGCAGCGUUGAUGCUGAAAGCUUCAGUUCCAGUUUGAAACUCGAUGUGCAGUCCCUUGAAAACUUGAUUCGGGUGGUUGGCGCUCGAACAGAUAAGGAUAAAUCUAACGGAGCCUCCAAGAUUGUUCUCAAAAUUCCUCUGACUUUACCUCCUCAGAAGAGGGGUCAGAUGAAAAGAAAAGAAAGAAGAUAACCACAAAAGGACUGAGUUAAAAAUAUCACUGAAAAUACACUCUUCCCGUUAAAAAAAAUUGUAUUUACUAG